AUGCCCCACCUCAGUGACAGACAGAAACAUGUGAACGUUCUACUGGAGGCCUUUAUCCUGAAGACUCUCAUUGAGGCUCAGGAAUCCACCAGCCAACCUGACACAGAUAGCACAGGAUCUGAUUGGGAGACAGAUUCAGAGAAGGAGGACAAUGGCAGCAGUACAUCGAGUGACUGGGGCAUGGGUGAGGAGGAUGAAUGCCCUGUAUCUGACAUGGUAAUUGAAGCCUGCCACCGGCUCUAUGAAAAUUUCUACAUCGAGGAGGGUCACAAAAUCCCAAAAACAUGUGAAAACCUCAAUAUGCUCCUAACACAGUACAAGAUGGGCUUCCCUGACAUCUUUCGUUCAUACCUCCGUAUUACGCCAGAGUGUUUUGACAGUCUUUUGGAGUCUAUUCAGCACCAUGAGGCCUUCCAGAACAAUUCCAACAACCCCCAGAUGCCUGUUGAAUGCCAGCUUGCGAUCACACUGUACCGUUUUGGUCACUUUGGAAAUGGCCUCAGCACCUUGAAGGUAGCGCUUUGGGCUGGGGUUGGCUAUGGGACUGUCUGCGAGUGCACCAACCGAGUCAUGCGUGUGUGCUGUGAUGAGCGUUUUCACCAGGUUGUUAUGCAGUGGCCAUCGGAUGAAGAGAUUCAAGAAGCCAAAGAUUGGGUUGAAGCUAACUCUUGCCCGGCCUGGCGUGAUGGCUGGUUAAUGGUUGAUGGAACACUUAUCCCUAUGUUUCAACGUCCCCAUCACUUUGGCAGUGCCUACUUCGACCACAAGUCAAACUACUCAGAGAAUGUUCAAAUAAUUAACACUCCAGACCUACAUAUUAUUGACUAUGGCAUUGGACUUCCUGGAAGUCAGCACGAUGCUACUGCUUGGCAGCACACACACUUACCUCAAGAACGCCAACGGUUGCUCAAGGAUGGCGAGUUUGUCUGGGCAGAUUCUGCAUACCCUGUUCGAACGUGGUGCCAGGCACCAUACAAGGAAACACUGCAUGGGGUAUCUCAAGGGUCGUUGGAGCUCCCUUCGUGGCCUGUGACUAUGAAUCAAUCACCAUGA